AGCGUGCGCUCGGGGCCCGGCGCCCCGGCUCCCCGGGGACGCACCGGCGCGCAGAGAAAUACCAGGGCUUGUCGGUCCAUAAGGAAAUUUUGAAGGAGCGGAAAAGCUGGAAGCUGAUGGACAUUGUGUAGGCCAGAGGCAGGGAUGGUCGGCUAUGACCCCAAAGCAGAUGACAGGAAUAUCUCCAAUUUUGAGGUGGUGGUGGCAGGAUCUGUGUCUGGACUCGUCACGCGGGCCCUGAUCAGCCCCUUGGACGUCAUCAAGAUCCGUUUCCAGCUUCAGAUAGAGCGCCUGUCUCGGAGUGACCCCGGUGCCAAGUACCAUGGGAUCCUGCAGGCCUGCAGGCAGAUUCUGUGGGAGGAGGGCCCAACGGCAUUCUGGAAAGGCCACGUGCCGGCCCAGCUUCUCUCCAUAGGCUACGGCGCAGUCCAGUUUCUGUCGUUCGAGCUGCUGACGGAGCUGGUGCACCGGGCCCGCGUGCGCGACGCCCGCCAGUUCUCCGUGCACUUUGUCUGUGGAGGCCUGUCUGCCUGCGCGGCCACCCUCGCCGUGCACCCCGUGGAUGUCCUGCGUACCCGCUUUGCAGCUCAGGGGGAGCCCAGGGUCUACCCCUCCCUGCGACACGCCGUGGUCACCAUGUGCCAGACCGAAGGCCCCACCGUCUUCUACAAAGGCCUCACCCCCACCUUGAUCGCCAUCUUCCCGUACGCCGGCUUCCAGUUCUCCUUCUACAGCUCCCUGCAGCAGGCCUGCGAGUGGCUCCUGCCGGCCCAAGGCCAAGGCCAGACCAAUGGGAACCUCAAAAACCUGCUUUGUGGCAGUGGAGCCGGAGUCAUCAGCAAGACCCUCACGUACCCCCUGGACCUCAUCAAGAAGCGGCUGCAGGUGGGAGGUUUCGAGCAGGCCCGAGCCACCUUUGGCCAGGUUCGCAGCUACCGGGGCCUCCUGGACUGCGCCAGGCAGGUGCUGCAGGAGGAGGGUGCCCAGGGCUUCUUCAAGGGCCUGUCCCCCAGCCUGCUGAAGGCGGCCCUCUCCACGGGCCUCGUGUUCUCCUGGUACGAGCUCUUCUGCAACCUCUUCCACCGCAUGAAGAAGGCGGACAGCUAGCUCUGCGCGAGGAAGAACAGCCAUGGCUGGCGGUCACCUUCAUCUCCCUCCUCCUGUUGCUCUGGGCCGCGCCACCUGGUCCAGCCUCCAGUCAGGGGCCGCAGCCGCAGCGAGCGGGACAGUAGCCCCCAGCGCGGUGGGAGGUCCUGGCUUUCUCCAAGCGACAGCAUGGGAGGGACUUGGCCAGCAGCGCCAGCAGGAAGCAGGAAGUUGCUUCUCUGCCUGCUGCUUACACCUCUCAGCCCCCAGGCCUGGAACAAAACCUGGCACAGGGUGGGGCUGCAGCUAGAUCUGAGGGUCCAGCGCUGGGCAGGGUGCUGGCCCCUACAUUUACUUAACAGACAUUAAAGCUGAAAGCACAUUCCUUAUUGUAUCUUCCCCGUUCCUCAGCGUCUGAGCGAAGCCAUCCCACCUUCCUGGGAUUCCACUUUCUCAGCAGGUCCGUCGCUCAGGCAGCUUU